UUAGUCAGUUGUGCUCCGAGUCCCGAAAACGAAAGUCGCCAGCAUUAAACAGGCAGCUUAACAAAAAUACACAAAUAACACAAAACUAAAGGACGAAACAUAACUGCUACUGCAACACAAAAAUAUUUCCAAUAAAUACCCAAUUAAAAAACUCCGUGUUCGUGCUUAAAAAAAAUUAAGAAAAACGAAUUUACCCAAAAAAAAAUCUUAUUUUUUUGGCAAAAGACUAUUUUCCGCACAUGCGCGAAUUCCGCGAAAAAGAAAGCAUAUAAAAGCAAGCUAAAAAGCGAGGCCCAAAAAAUAGACAAAAACGAAGAGCAAGGAGCCCCCACAUCACCUCUCCUCCUCUUGCACGCACUGUGCGUGUUGGUUUAACGGUAACCGUGCCGCGGUCAAGCGAGAGAGCGAGAACGAGAGAAGCCGCGAGCGAGGAAAAAACUUCCGUGCUCCCGGUUCCCGUUUCUGAAUUCUCCCGGAGAAUCCCUUUGGAGCCUCUAAGUUAAGCCGUCUAGAGCCGCCAAGAUGCAGAACUGGGAGACGACAGCCACAGCCAACUACGAGCAGCACAACGCCUGGUACAGCAGCAUGUUUGCGGCCAACAUCAAACAGGAGCCGGGUCAUCACCUAGAUGCCAAUAGCGUGGCCAGCAGUCCACGUCAAUCGCCAAUUCCAUCUGCCAAUCACCUGGAACAGUUCCUCAAGCAGCAGCAUCAGCAACAGCAGCAACCCAUGGAUACCCUUUGCGCCAUGACCCCUUCGCCCAGUCAAAAUGAUCAAAACAGCCUGCAACAUUACGAUGCCAACUUGCAGCAACAGUUGCUGCAACAGCAGCAAUAUCAGCAGCAUUUCCAGGCAGCCCAGCAGCAGCAUCAUCAUCAUCAUCAUCUGAUGGGUGGCUUUAAUCCCUUGACGCCACCUGGUCUGCCCAAUCCUAUGCAACAUUUCUAUGGCGGUAAUCUGCGACCCAGUCCUCAGCCCACACCCACAUCCGUAUCCACAGUAGCACCAGUUGCAGUUGCAGCUAGCAGCAGCAGCGAGAAGUUGCAGGCACUAACACCGCCCAUGGAUGUCACACCGCCCAAGUCGCCGGCCAAGUCGAGUCAAUCGAAUAUGGAGCCAGAGAAGGAGCACGAUCAGAUGUCCAAUUCCAGUGAGGACAUGAAAUACAUGGCCGAGUCCGAGGAUGAUGAUACCAACAUCCGUAUGCCCAUCUACAAUUCGCACGGCAAGAUGAAGAACUACAAGUGCAAGACUUGCGGCGUGGUGGCCAUCACCAAGGUUGACUUCUGGGCCCAUACCCGCACCCACAUGAAACCGGACAAGAUCCUGCAGUGCCCCAAGUGCCCGUUCGUCACCGAGUUCAAGCACCAUUUGGAGUACCACAUCCGUAAGCACAAGAACCAAAAGCCCUUCCAGUGCGAUAAAUGCAGCUACACCUGCGUCAACAAGUCCAUGUUGAACUCGCAUCGCAAGUCGCACAGUUCCGUGUAUCAGUACCGUUGUGCGGACUGUGAUUAUGCCACCAAAUAUUGCCACAGCUUCAAGUUGCAUCUGCGCAAGUAUGGCCACAAGCCCGGCAUGGUCUUGGAUGAGGAUGGCACACCGAAUCCCUCGUUGGUCAUCGAUGUCUAUGGCACCCGUCGUGGACCGAAGAGCAAGAAUGGUGGACCUAUUUCGAGUGGAGGAAGUGGAAGCGGCAGCCGGAAGCCAAAUGUGGCAGCUGUGGCCCCGCAGCAGCAGCAAUCUCAGCCAAUUCAGCCACCCACAUCUCAGCUGAGUGCUGCCCUGCAAGGAUUCCCUCUCGUUCAAAGCAACUCGGCUCCUACUGCCGCUUCUCCAGUGCUACCACUGCCCGCCUCUCCUGCCAAGAGUGUGGCUAGCGUGGAUCAGACACCCAGCCUGCCCAGUCCAGCGAAUCUUCUGCCUCCUCUAGCCAGCCUGCUGCAACAGAACCGCAACAUGGCCUUCUUCCCCUACUGGAACCUCAACCUCCAGAUGCUGGCUGCCCAGCAACAGGCCGCAGUCCUGGCCCAGUUGUCGCCGCGAAUGCGAGAGCAACUGCAGCAGCAGAACCAGCAGCAAAGCGACAACGAAGAGGAGGAGCAGGAUGAUGAGUACGAACGUAAGUCGGUGGACUCUGCCAUGGAUCUCUCUCAAGGAACCCCCGUAAAAGAGGAUGAGCAACAACAGCAGCAGCAGCAGCAACCUUUGGCCAUGAAUCUCAAGGUGGAAGAUGAGGCCACGCCACUGAUGAGCAGCUCGACUGCCUCAAGGCGCAAGGGACGCGUUCUCAAGCUGGACACCCUGUUGCAACUCCGAUCUGAGGCCAUGACCUCUCCUGAGCAACUGAAAGUACCCAGCGGCAACAUGCCCACUGCCUCCUCACCAAUUGCCGGCCGUAAACCAAUGCCCGAAGAGCAUUGCUCGGGAACCAGCUCGGCGGAUGAGUCCAUGGAAACGGCACAUGUGCCGCAGGCCAAUACCAGUGCCAGUUCCACGGCCUCCAGCUCAGGGAAUAGCUCGAAUGCCAGCAGCAAUGGCAACAGCAGCAGCAAUUCCAGCAGCAAUGGUACAACUUCAGCAGUCACAGCUCCUCCAUCCGGAACACCGGCGGCGGCUGGAGCCAUCUAUGAGUGCAAGUACUGUGAUAUCUUCUUCAAGGACGCGGUGCUCUACACCAUCCACAUGGGCUACCACAGCUGCGACGAUGUGUUCAAGUGCAACAUGUGCGGCGAGAAGUGCGACGGACCCGUCGGCCUCUUCGUUCACAUGGCCAGGAACGCUCACUCCUAAGUCCCACACAUUCACCUUGUUAUUAUUAUUUAUCAUCUAUUAUUAUCACAUUAAUCGUUGUCCAGAAUUGUAUAUAUUCGUAGCCUAAGUUUUCAAAAACAUUAUUUCGUUGUCGAGAAUUGUAAAUAAGCCAUUCAAGCUGCUAAUUCUAGCCCUAAGUUAAUCUAUAUAUCUAACCUAACUGUAUCGAACUGUAGCCACCUAACUUUCUAACUCUGUCUCUCUCUCUCUAUAUAGUCUCUUGUAUUUUUCGAAAAUCGACUAAAAACCCUGAAAACGGUUUAAAAAAUUAUCAUAAAAUGCAUGGAGAAACCUAAGCCUAAGUUAAAACUAAUUUGUAAGUUGAGUCAAGCGAAAAACAACCAAACAACAGUCCAAAGUCAAAUUAAUAAAAUAUAGUUUAUAACAAAUUAAUAUAAAUGAAUAUGUUUUAUAUAUCAAAAAACAAAAAUACAUAAUUAGUCUUAUUUAAUCUAUGUAUUCUCUCAGAUAUUCUAUCACUGAUACUCUCUCAGUAUUUUGUUAGUUGAAAGUGGAAAGCUAAGACGAGAUCGAACGAAAUCAAAAACAAAUAAAUACAAUUUAUUAAAUAUAA